UUAGAAAAGACCGAGAUGAUCGCUCUCCAGGUUUCUUUGCACAUAUUUAUGUAUUAAUUUUUGAAUGUGAUCUGACCGUAUUGAUCUCUUAUCUGUGAAGGCGCGAGCUAUUAAGUAAAAAAGAAGAAAUAAAUGGAACAUCAAAUAACGAGGCAAAGAAGUUAAGAUAAAUAUUGCGAAUAUAAGUUUUUCGCAUCACACACAUGGAUUUACUCGUGAUAUCCACUCUGAUUUGUAUUUUAGAUAAUAUUGUACCGUUUCUGAUUAGAUUUAUUUUAUCACACGUACUCGCGGAAAAGAGAUAUGACAUUGAAUUGAGAAAGGAAUUAAAUAAUUUGAAAGAAAAUAUAGCAGGAUUCUCCAUGGUGGAUGAAUUUGCUAAACAUGCUAAACUCCAACGUCGGUACAAUCAUGUUGAAAGUAUUCUGAAAGAAAACAUGAAUCAACGAUUAAAUCAGAAAGUAAAACUGCAGAUGUUGCUAAUUUAUGGUUUUCGUGCACUUAACGGUACAUUAAUAUUGUGGUUAUCGUAUAUGUAUAAACACGAGCCAGUUAUUAUUCUCUCAGAGGAUGUGCUAUGGCCAAUCCAGAAUUUUUUGAGUUGGCCAUGUCAGCAUGAGAAUGCUAUUUCUCUAUUAGCAUGGCUCGUAAUCACCCGAGUAGGAGUAUCAGCAUGUAAAAAACUUUGUAUGUGAUCUAAUAAGUUGCCAUGUAAAUAAUAAAAAUCUGUACCUUAAAUUAUAUUGAAUAUAUAUCUAUA